UUUUUCUCCUCUUCCUCAUCUCCUGUCCUCCUUUUCCUCUCCUUCUCCUCCUCUUUCUCUCUUCUCCUCUUCAUCUCCUCCUCUGUGCACCUCCUCUCACAGGCUGGAGGCAGACACUGGGCCUCCUGGUGCAGCUGGAGCACAGCUCCACCACAGAGCCUAUCAGAGGACAAACAGGAAGUGAAGCAGCUCGUCACGUGUUAGUUGGUGUCUCUCGCCCGGCUGCAGAGCAGAUGGUCCGUGUUGCCGUGACGAUCAGAGAUGAAGCGUCUUUAAAGGAACAAAUAAAGACUCGUCUCAUAAUCGUCGUGUGGACUCUGAGACAGCGAGGAUGAUGCUGAACGACAGGUGGACCAUCAUGAACAACAGCAGCUCAGAACUCGGCAUCAAACAACCGAACAAACACAAGAGUUGCUGCAGCUUCCUGUUCUGGUCCGCCGUCACGCUGGUCGUCAUAGCAGUCGUCGUCACAGCAACAGUCAUCAUCCUGUACCUGAACCAGUAUCCUCUGCCCUUCAUCAGCAGGGACCGGGUCUCCUCCUCUUCCUCCUCCUCCUUCUCCUCUUCACCUGUGAUCUCGACCAAUCCCAAAGAGUCUGGCGCCCUGGUGUCGGUCUCCCGGGUGACAGAGGGAGAGCCAAUCAGCAUCUUCCUGGACCCCAACUGUCCGGACUACAGCGAGAGCUUCCUGCGCUGGGAGGCGCUGCAGACGUCUCUGUUGCGAGCGCUGUCCAAUCACAAGGCAGAGGACUGGCAGGACACGGGAUUGGACCGCAAGCUGGCUGACGAGCUAAAGGUGUUAUCAGGCCACGCCCACAACCUGAGGCUGGAAGCUGAUUCGCUGAAAAGAGGUCAAGGUGUUCUGGACCAGCGACUGGACGGGCUGCAGAGCGAGCAGAGCCGAAUCAUUCAGGUGUUGUCUGACAAUCACUCAGGUGGGUUGAAGCUGGUUUCAGGUUUCAGUGAUUCUCUGAUGAGUCUGCAGAGGGAGACAGAGAGUCUGAGGAGACUCCACAGUGACCUGCAGAGGGACACCAACCACAGAGCUGUCAGACCCACAGACUGCAGUGAUGUCUUAGCCUCCGGUGUUUCUCAAGAUGGAGUUUAUUCCGUGUUUCCGACUCACGAUCCCGACGGCUUCAUGGUUUACUGUGACAUGAGCACCGAGGGGGGCUGGACGGUGAUCCAGAGGAGAGAGGACGGAUCAGUGAACUUCUUCAGGGACUGGGAGGCUUAUCGGGACGGGUUUGGAAGAACCACAGGGGAGCACUGGUUAGGUCUCCAGAGGAUAUACUCCCUCACCAGAUCCGGUGGGUAUGAGUUACGGAUCGACAUGGCUGACUUUGACAACGCCACAGCGUUUGCUCGUUACGGUGAUUUCUCUGUGGGUCGAGACUCUGUGAACCCCGAGGAGGACGGAUACCCACUGGAAGUGGACCAGUACUCGGGGACGGCAGGUGACUCCCUCCUGAAGCACUCAGGGAUGCAGUUCACCACCAAAGACCGGGACCAGGACCAGUCGGAGAACAACUGUGCCGCCUACUACCAGGGGGCUUGGUGGUACCGGAACUGCCACACCUCCAACCUCAACGGGCAGUACCUGAAAGGAGGCCACGCCUCCUACGCUGAUGGGGUGGAGUGGUCCAGCUGGACUGGCUGGCAGUACUCGCUCAGGUUCACUGAGAUGAAGAUACGCCCUAAAACUAAUCCGGCCUCCUGAUCACUGAUCCUCAACCUGACCUCUGACCCUUAGACCUGACCUCUGACCCUUAAACCUGACCUCUGACCCUUAGACCUGACCUCUAACCCUUACACCUGAACUCUGACCCUUAAACCUGAACUCUGACCAUUAAACCUGACCUCUGACCCUUAGACCUGACCUCUAACCCUUAAACCUGACCUCUGACCCUUAUACCUGAAUUUGAACCUUAGACCUGAACUCUGACCCUUAUACCUGAACUCUGAACCUUAGACCUGAACUCUGACCCUUAUACCUGAACUCUGAACCUUAGACCUGAACUCUGACCCUUAUACCUGAACUCUGACCCUUAAACCUGACCCCUGAUUCUCGGACCCUAAACUUUGACCUUUGACCCAUUUCUGGCAGCAGCUUCAUUAAACCCGUCCAUCUGUUUGUGUGUUUUAUAAAAUGUGUUUAAAAAUUUGUUCUCGUAUCUUAAAGACAUCAGUUUCUCUUCUGUUUCCUGCUGGUUGAUAGUUCUGAUCAAUAACUUUUCAUAUUGAUUGAAGUGAAUGUAAAGUAAUGGGUUCAUUAAAGAGUUUCUGACUGAACGUUUCUCAUAUUUAUCAAACAUGAAUCAAUAAAUCCUUCACACAGUUUAUUCAACAAUCAAUCGAUCAAUAAAGGUUUGUGA